AUGAAGUCGAUGCGCCCAGGUGAAGCCAACAAGCGAGGCAAUGUUGUCACGGCACGAAUAGUCCCGCUGCUACUGCUCGGCAUCAUAGGCUACUCGUCUUGGGUGGUCACGGAUCGAAUCUGUCUCAAGUACCUGAUUAACCCACCCGACUCGUUGUCCUCCCGCGGCGACACCGGCGCGGCCGUCGCGGUCCUAGUCAUCUUCUACGUCCUCCUCCUCAUCACACUGGCAUGCUUCGGCCGCCUCAUCGGUACCAUCCUCACGAGGCCGGGCCUCGUCCCGCGCGGCGAACAAUACUGGAUCGAGAAGGAAAGGAAGCGCCGCGACGAGAGAAGAAUAACUCCAUCCGGCAAGGAAGAAGCCCUGGGCUAUACUCCUACCGAUGGAGAAGGAUCGGGCUUCACGCCGCGCAAAUACCGUCGGAAGCAGGACCGAGAGGCCCAAGGCUUCCGCGCGCACGAGUUCUGGCAGAAAGAUGUCUUCGUGUGUGGAUGGGACGGCCGCCCGCCCUUCUGCUCGACGUGCUACAACUACAAGCCCGACCGGGCGCACCACUGCCGCGAACUCGGCCGCUGUGUGUUGAAGAUGGACCAUUUCUGCCCCUGGGUAGGAGGCAUCAUCUCGGAGACGUCGUUCAAGUUCUUCAUCCAGUUUACCGGCUGGGCGGCCUUGUUCUGUCUGCACACGCUUGUCGUGAUGGCUUAUUACUUCGCGAGGCGGCGCGGUGAGGAACCGGGCUUCCUCAAUGUGCAUUGGCUCCUGACGCUCAUCUUUGCGGGAUUGUUCUUCAUCUUCACGGCCGGCAUGUGCGGGUCGAGUCUGCAGUUCGCGGUCCUGAACUCGACGACCAUCGAGAACUUCACGCGCAAGACCAAGAUCUGGUAUCUCGCCAUCUAUCUGCCGCCUCGGGCGCUGGAGAGGUACCAUACCUCGGGCCACUCGGAUCUCAGACUGAUCAGCUACCCGCGUCCACCGGAGGAGCGGUUCGAGAUCCUGCAGCGCCACGGCGCCACGUUGUCCAACGACAGUGACCAGGCCUUUACUCGGCAGGGAUAUGAUGGGCCUGCCUCGCCACAGAGGACGUACCAUCCCGACGUGUCCACAGCACCACCACAACCACCACCAUCGCCAUCAGCAGUCCCACCGCAUCAAGGUGGAAAUGCGACCACAACAACCUCACCGGCUAAUUCAUCCUCAUCCCCAUCACAACCAAAUCCUAAUCCCAGUUCAAACUCAAACUCCCCCUCCCACCACGGCACCAAUAUGCCGUCAUCACAUUCCUCCUCGCCGCGCACCCGCGAACUUCGUACCUUUGCCAUCCUCGAAUCCCCGCCCGGAGCCAACCCCUUCGACAUCGGCCCAGCCGGCAACUUCAAAGAAGUAAUGGGACAUACGCUGCUCGACUGGCUCUUUCCACUCAAGCCAAGUCCGCUGGUCGACCACUCCGACCCGCUGAGCAUGUACAAGCUCGGCCCAGCCGCGCGGAGGAUGAAGAGCAAGGCCGGGAUUCUCGGGAUCGAAGAAGGACGUGAAGGAGAACAUGGAACCAUGAUUGUGAACGAACGUGACGCGACAGGGGAGGUCACGCACGAGAAGGCGAGUCCAAAAGCCGGGCUGAGAAGAUAG